AAUGUGGGCUAAAAAGUUGCCAUGUAGCAACCUGAACGACUUUUAAUCUUAACGUGGGUUGACUGAGAAGAACCAGAAACCAGAUUAUUAAUAGUUCAUCAACCAUUCAUUUUCACCAAAAAAAGCUUCAAAUCUCUGGAAAAGGUUGACAUUCAUAGCAAUUUACAAAAUAAAACAUGAAAUAUGCUUUAAAAUUUGGUUCUGGUUCAAAUUCUGGUUCAAAGAAUGGGUAUCAACCCAAAAUUUUCCAGCGAUUUUUAUCCAAAAAUAAUUCCUUUUAUAAUCAAGUGAAGGUUUCAUGAUAUACUUUCUUUGAUUUACAUUUAAUUGUAAAUGUUAUUUUUAUUAACUAAUUGUGAUUGAGGUCAUCAAACAGUCUACAAUAGAGUUUACUUGAAGAUGUUUUAGGUAAAUGCAAACACCCAGGUUUGUGCUUCGAGAAACCUUAAUCAACAUUUAGUCAAUAGCAAUUAUUAUAUUAAUACACUGAUUGGCCUGAGCCUAAACUGUGUAGGCAGUUCAACCAGUUUCGGGUAAUUUGAUGAACAACACAAAAUACGGUUCAACAUUUGCCCAAAUAGGGUUACAAACAAAAUAAUUUCCGGUGCCAAGUGAUCGCUUUUUGAUAUGAGAACAAGAAAGAAGCUUCAUUAUCGUUCAAUUUUUGCCCAACAAUUGUUUAAUUACCUUGGAUAAUCAGUGUCAGUGUGUUUAACCUUUCAAAUUGUGACUUUCAUCUUUUCUUAGAAUCAAGUUUUUCCCUGAAAUUGUAAACGUGUGUUGAUGUGUUAACCAUCAGUGUUCACCUGAAGGAAACACUUGAAUUUGCAUGAACAUUGAUCAGUCAAGGAUUAAUCGUGAUGCCUUGCAUUGGUAACUGUUUAGGUACUUCAACAACAGCAUCAGUUGAUUUGAGAAAACAAUCAAAUCGUCAAUUAACAAGUGAUUUCAGUGAAAUUGAUCAACCAAAAGGUGAGAGCUACAAAAAAUUGAGAAACAGUUUUCUCGGUGAAUCAAAUUACAGUCCAACAAUGUCACCAGCAACAACCCAAGCUACACCUAAAGUAGCAUCUCAAGGAAUACCUCAACCACCACCACCACCACCAGCAUUACCAUUACAAUCGCUGCCAAUGAAAAAGAAUGCAAAGAUCGAGAAAAAAUUGAAAAAACUAAACAAAUCCUCGUCAACCAUGAAAGACGCUUUAAAAAUUGAAACUCACCCAAAGAUGCUUUACUUAUCCGAGGAUGCAGAAGAAUCUGGUGAAACAAUUGACAUGGAAGUUCUUGAACCAUUGGUUGGAUCAUCUGUUAAUCAAGUUUACCCAUCAUCGCCUCUAAUUGUCAACAAUAAUGGUUCAAUUAAGCACACAAUGGACUUCAAUUUGUAUGCAGCAAAGAAAAACAUUUCCCAAGGAUUGAUUGAUAUUGCUCUGUUAACGGCCAACUUUUCCCAGCUCAAGUUUAUCCUUUCAAGGGUGGACAAAUGGCCUUUCCAGGUUGACUUUACCUCUUGGGGUGAAACCUUUAAACUGAUCAAUUUGACUCUUGUUUUAACCUCCAUUGGCUUGCAGAUUUUGGUCGGUAUUGCAUUGCUCCUUUCAGCUCGACUUAACCUCAAUGAUGAUGGUCGUACUCGAAGAGCUGAAUCUUGCAAUACACUUAUCAUUGUCUGUGUUUUCGUAAUUACGGUUAUAAACAUUUUUAUUGUUGUUUUUCUCGAUGAUUACGAGGAGUUUGAAUUGGUUUAAAGGAAGAAUUGCUUCAGUAAUUAACUCAUUCUUAGUGGUGUCUUUUUUGUUGUCUGUGUGUUUCAUUAAAUCAUUAAAAGACUAAAUGUUCAAAGAGAUAAAUUGACUCUGAUCAUUAGCUAAACUAAAUCAUUUACUGGUAAUAAUGGCAAGUAAGU